AUGUCUCAACAAUCCAACUCAUCUUCCUCCAAGAACAUGUCUGAUUCUUCUAGCUCUGAAUCAUGCAACCCUAACAGAGAAGAUCCUGUUGCUGACUCUGCGAAUACCUCACAUGCAAGAAGACCUAAAGAAACUGUAUCAGGCUUCUCCUCAGCAAUCGCGCUUGAUGAACAAACCAGAGAAGGUUCAAGGUAUGUUCACAAUGCCAUUGCCACUAUGGUAACUGGAAUACUGUCUGGUAAUCAUAAGGUCCUUGGGGUUUCCAUUCCCUUAAACUCUAUUAAACCUGAUAGUGUUGCUUAUCAAGAAAAUAUUGAGUCUUUAGGAAAGAAUAUAUCUGAUGAUAUUGAGCAAGCUGGUGCUUAUAAGGAGUCAAAUGUUGACAAACCCUUAGAUAAUGUGGCUGGUGAGGAAGUUCAUGUCACUCAUGAUGUCAGUAACAACCCUAACUGUGAGGCUGAAUUAGUAGACCUGGAGGAAUUUUCUGAUAAUGAGUUGUUGUCCUCAGUCGUCCCUAGCAUAGCCAAAAGGGUGAGGACUAGGAGAGAAAAGAAAACAGUGGCUCAAAGGUCCCCCAGAAAGAAGAUUGAUGUGCCAACCUCUCCCAAUCCAAAGGUGGCAGUCGAGAAUUCCCUCAAGAGGAAAGUUCAUGGUCCAACAAAAUCUUGGAGGAAAAGGGUGCCCAAGAAAAAGAAGACCAAGUCUGUUGUUGUUGAGUCUGACUCAGAUGUUCCAUGUGAUGUCCCUGACACUCUAUCAAAGAAGAAGCCAUCCACUAGCAAGCUUGCAGCCAGUGUCCCUGAGGUACCAAUUGACAACAUAUCGUUCCAUUUUGCCUCAAGUGUAAACAGGUGGAAAUAUGUGUAUCAGAAGAGACUGACUUUGGAAAGGGAAUUGGCUCAGAAUGUCCUGGAAUGUAAGGAGAUUAUGGACCUUAUUCAAGAGGCAGGUUUGAUGAAGACUGUGACUCAGUUCUCAAAGUGCUAUGAGAUGUUAGUAAAGGAAUUUAUUGUCAAUGUGUCUGAAGAAUGUGAUGAUGGAAAGUCUAAGGAAUUCAAAAAAGUGUAUGUGCGAGGCAACUGUGUAAAUUUCUCUCCCUCAGUGAUCAACAUGUAUUUGGGAAGGCCUGAUGUAGCUCAACCUGAGCUUGAGGUAAGGAAGUGGCCUCUCAAAGGUAAGUUGGUGGCCAGCAAACUGAGUGUCAAGUAUGCAAUGCUGCACAAAAUUGGAGCUGCUAACUGGGUGCCCACCAAUCAUAAAUCUACAGUUGCUCAUGCAGGAAGCUUCAGUGUGAAGGGACCUAUAGCCUUUCCUUCUCUCAUCUGUGGUAUUGUUUUGAAUCAGUUUCCAAACAUCUUAAUAGAGAAUGAUUCUGUGAAGAAAAGAGACAACCCUUUGUCCUUCAAUCAUAAGCUGUUCCUAGGUACCCAUGUUCCUGACAUUGCCAUGGCAACAGGUGAGACAUCAAGUAUAAGCAAUCAACCAGGUAAAGCUGCUGUCAUUGCAAUGCUCAAAGAAAUGUUCAAGGAGUUAGAGGCAAGGAAGGUCAAUUUGGAAAAAUUGAUUAGCAAGUUGGAGAUGACUGAAGGUGAUGUGGUUGGUGAAGCUGUUGCUGCUGCAGAAGGAGCUGGAAGACAAGGUGAAGAGGGAGAAGCAUAUGCCAGUCCUGAUGAUGGCACGGAUGAUGAUGUUGACUCUGAGUCAGAUGUCUAA